AUGGAAGAUCCUCGCAGUUUUUUGUUGCCUGGUAGGAUUGGAGAACACACCUUUGAUAGAUGUCUUUGUGAUUUGGGAGCAGGAGUGAGUUUGAUGCCAAUCUCGGUUUCAAAAAGAUUGGGGCUCACUAAUUUCACCCCAACCAAGAUGUCUUUGAUACUUGCUGAUCGCUCUGUGCGUUUUCCUGUUGGAGUGGCUGAGGAUGUGCAUGUACGGGUUGGAAAUUUCUAUACUCCAACUGAUUUUGUCAUCAUUGAGCUUUAUGAGGAGCCAAGAGACCCACUCAUUCUUGAUAGACCAUUCCUAAACACAGUUGGAGCCUUGAUAGAUGUGAGGAAGAGCAAGAUUAAACUUCAUAUUGAUGAUUUUGUCCAAGAGUUUAACCUGGAGAGAGUGAUGUCUAAACCCACCAUCGAAGGGCAAACAUUAUGGGUUGAUAUAAUGGAUGAGCUAGCUGAUGAGCUCCUUGAGGAGUUGAGUAUGGAUGAUCCUCUUCAGAUUGCCAUGGUUAAGGAAGCGGAUCAGUUUGGUUAUCUUGGUGAAGCAACUACUAGGUUUGCUAAGUUGCUGGAUUCUGCGCCACCAAUGAGUAAAGAGGUGGAAAUUUCGGAGCUUGAGAUAACUAAGGAAGAGAACGUUGCAGUAGACCCAACAGCAAAACCCUGCGAUGAUUGGAGUGAGCUGAAAGCUCCAAAAGUGGAACUCAAACCACUUCCUGCUGGGCUAAGGUACGCGUUUCUUGGUCCUAAUUCCUCUUACCCUGUGAUAAUUAAUGCUGAGUUGAACUAG